GAAAGAAACCCUUUUCCCAAAUGCUGAAACGUCGGAACAGUUAUUUAAUGGAAUUCCCUUCGGCGAGUUACCCGUUUGUAACAUACGUGUAUCUCCAAAUAACACUAUAAUUAGUGUCACCGAUAACAAGGGUAUCUCUCGACUAAUCCGUUCCUGUGGCAUUGAGGGUUUUAAAAAUACUCGAAAAGGUACAAAUAUUGCAGCUCAAGCUACUGCAAUAACUAUAAGUGAAAAAGCUAUAGAGCUAGGUUGGAAAACUGUUCGGGUAAAAGUGCGUGGACUGGGACCUGGUCGAAUGUCAGCCAUAAAAGGGUUGCAAAUGGGUGGACUCAACAUUGUUUCAAUUACUGAUGCAACACCCGUAUCAUGGAAUCCACCUCGGGCUAGGAAGCAAAGGAGUUUAUGAAAAGUCAAGUUUUCAAUUAUUUGCAUCUUGAUGGUUAUAGAAAGCUAAUGAAGAAAGAUGUACUCUUAAAUGAAAUCAAUUUAAAAAGAGGAGUUCAAUGUUAAAGUAAACUUGUUAUAGUGGGCUCUAUGAAAGUUCGCAAAUUUACAUACAUAUUUGCAGUUUUACUGCCUGGUUAUGUUUUAGCGCGUCAGUUAUAUACGAGGCUUGCGCACAGAAUGGCUUCUAACGUUUACGAAUCCCUUGUUAAGUUGUUUUAUUAGAGAAUUUGUAAAGAUAUACUCUGUACAAACUUGCGACGUUUAUUAUGUUUACGAGAUAUUUGCGAACUUACAUCAGUACCCUGUUAUGGUAUAAGAAAAAUAACAUUUGUUCUAUUAUUACUGUUGAAAUAAAAAUAAAAGUUAAUACAUAAAGACCGAAUCGUAAUUGCUUGUUCGGUCGGUCGGUUUAUUGUACCCCACUAG